AUGUGGGUGCUGCACCCUUCCUUCUGCGAUAUGGUCGAGAAUUCUUGGUUGAGCUCUGUGGACGUCCUCUGUCCUAUAGUCCGUGUUAUGUUGAAGCUUAAAAGAUUGUGUGCUGAUAUUAGGGUCUGGAACAAGGAGGUGUUUGGAAAUGUCGACAUUGCUUUGAAUCAAUGGAAGCAACAACUGUUGGUUACUCAGAUGCAAAUUGCUGAUUCAGGUUAUACGGAUGAUUUAUUUGAUGAAGAAGUGCAACUCCAAGCUGAGCUCAAUGUGGCUCUUUCCAGAAAAAGUAAUCUCUUGCAACAAAAAAGUCGGGCGACUUGGCUUUCGGAUGGUGAUAGCAACACUGAUUUCUUUCACUGGCUCACCAAGUUUAAAAAGCGCAAUAAUACUUUCACGAGACUGAACAUUAAUGGUGCUGAUGUGUAUGAUUCUGGGAUUAUUGAGCAGCACAUUGUUAGCCACUUCUCUGAGCUUUUCACUGAUGAUGGGAGUGCGCUAGCUGACCAGUUAGAGAUUGAUGCUCUUAUCCAACCGAGAAUUUCUGAUGAUCAGAAUAAUUUGCUUAUCCAGAUUCCUGAUGAGGGGGAGAUUGCCGCUGCAGUUUUUGGUAAGGACGCUCAUAGCGUGCCAGGAUCGGACGAUUUCUCUGGCAUGUUUUUCCAUAAUUGUUGGUCGACGAUUAAGGCGGAUAUUAUUUUAGCGGUUCAGAGAUUCUUUAGUCACUCAUACCUGCCAAGUGGGUGCAAUGCGAGUACUAUGAUUUUCAUCCCGAAAAAGGAGGUGGUCUCCACUGUGGCGGACCUUCGCCCCAUUGUUCUAUCCAAUUUUUUCUUUAAGAUUAUCUCCAAGGUUAUGGCUUCGCGGCUUAGUGUUGUGGCAGAUUCUCAUGUCUCGCCCAAUCAUUUUGGCUUUAUCAGCGGGUGGAACAUUCAUAACUGUAUUAUGCUUAAUUCGGAGGGUUUCAAUUGUAUGCAACGUACUAAUCGUGGCAUCAACAUGGCUUCGCGUACUAAUCGUGAAUCGUGCUCUGCUAGACUUUCCAUUCUUUAUAAUGGUCGUCUUACUGGCUAUUUCGCUUGCUCCCGUGGGGUUCAGCAAGGAGACCUUUUGUCUCCCAUCUUAUUUAGGAUUGCUGAAGACGUGUUGAGCCAUUUGAUUAGCAGCUGCGUGGAUUCUCGCCGUUUAACUCCUAUGAGCUUCUGUCGAUCUUCGAACUUCCCCACUCAUCUGCUUUAUGCUGACGAUAUUAUUCUCUUUUGCCGUGCUACGAUUUUUGAUAGGAUUGUGCAGAAAUUUGCGAAGUGGAAAGGUAUUCAACUUUCUAUGGCUGGUCGUCUUUACCUUGUGAAGUUGAUCAGCACCCCAGCUGCUCUGUUAGUUGGGGGCGUACUUGUUCUCCGCGGGUUGAAGGCGGCUUGGCUUGCCUGGAAGACGAUAAAGGGGGCGGAUUGGGCUCAUCAAAUCCUGCGCUCUAGAUAUCUUACUGACUUUAGCUAUGCCAAGCAGAAUAUUGCUAAUUCUUCUAUCUGGUUUGGAAUGAAGGAUGAAGUGAAUCAGUUGGUGGAUGAUUCUUAUUCCUGCAUUGAUCGUGACUACUUUUAUGACGGUAUUUGGCAUUUCUCUACUGCUUUCGUGAAUCGUUUCCCUGAAGUGGUGGCGGAUAUCUUACUUAUUCCCAUGAAUGGGAGUAAAGAUGUUAGAUUCUGGAAACAUUCGGUCAGUGGGGAUGUUUCUGCUGCUCUGGCCUUCUCGAGAAAAUGUCAUCGUUUCUCGGAUGUGAACUGGGGAAAAUGGAUUUGGGAGCCAUUCAUUCCUGUUAGACGCUCUAUUCUUUGCUGGCGCGUUAUUCAUGGGCGUCUCCCCACUCUUGAUAUCCUUAUUAGGCAGUGCUUGGUCGCCCCUAAUGGCUGCUCACUUUGCUUUGAGAGCGAGGAAUCUAUUUCUCAUGUUUUGUGGAAUUGUUCGAAGGUGAAACCCAUUUGGCAGGAUUUCCUCUCUUGGUUUGACAAAGGUUCUCUCGGGGACUGUUUGGAUAUUCACUCAUUUCUGGUGCUGGCUUGGGCGACGAAGUUUAGCUUACAAAUUCUUUCGUUCUAG